AUGGCAUCCCCCUCAACCACAACGGCGACGACCACCUCGCCGACUCUCCGCCUUCGGGGCCAGGCGUCCGUCCAGGCCUCUCCCGCGACCCCCGGGUUCCCUAUCACUUCAGACUUCGACGCGUCCCCGUUCAAGGAUGUGCAGACGGGCCACACGCGGACCAUGCUCCCCGUGUUUGCCAGCCCCGAGGAGGAGCGCAAGUACCGCAAGGAGCACCUGGCUCUCGUCUUCCGCAUCAUGCACCGGUUCAAGCUCGCCGAGGGGAUUGCGGGCCACUGCAGCGUCCGCGACCCCGUCGAGCCCGACACGUUCUGGGUGAACCCGCAGGGCAAGUCGUUUGCGCGCAUGAAGCAGUCGGACCUGGUCCGCUGCCGCAUCGCCGACGGCGUCAUGGUCGAGGGCAUCGCGCCGACCGACGCAAGCGCCUCGUCGAUUCACUCGCAGAUCUACCGCGUGCGCGGGCGUGAGGGACCCGCAGGCAUCGAGGCGAUCGUGCAUGUCCACGGGCCCAACACCAAGGCGUUCAGCUCGCUCGGGCGCGUGCUCGACAUGAUCUCGCAGGACGCCUGCGCGUACCAUGACGAGAUGGUGCUCGUGCCCUUCGGCGGCGCCGUGUUUGACAACACUGAGGGCGAGCGCAUUGCGAGCAUUGCAGGCAGCAAGCGCAUUGCCAUCCUCCAGAACCACGGCAUCGUCGCCAUGGGCAAGCUGUCGAUCGACGAGGCGGCGUGGUGGCAGAUCAACUUUGAGAUGUGCUGCCAGGCGCAGCUGCUCGCUGACGCGGCCCGCCGCCCGACCGACCCCAUUGUCGAGGCCGGCCCAGAAGAGAUUGCGUCCACCAAGGCCGAGAUGGGCACGCCUGAGAUGGGCUGGUUCUCGCUGGCGCAGUACAUCGAGGACGAGGAGUACUACUCGCAGGGGGAGCACAAGCUGUAG